GGUAAACCGCUGAGCUCCAGUUAAAAAAGUCUUUAUAUAUCUAAUAUUAUGUUUCCAUAAUAUAAACCGUACAUUAAAAUUAAAGGUAUAAAUAUAUUGCUGGAUGUUACGUUUUCGACAGCUCUUUGGUACGUUUUGUCUUAUAAUAAGUACAAGCAACGUCGGUUUGAGUAGAAUGACUCACCUCAAAACUGCGGAAGUUAAACGUCAUCUGUUGCUAAGCAACAGCGUUAGCGUCUAGUAUGGGUGCCAGUCUUCAGUCAUAUUUCGAACUUAUGCGCGAUUUUUUAAGUAGGUAUUUGAUGCAAAUGUUUUGACUGGUUGCAUGCUACAUACGGCGAUUUCAUACACGCGAAUCUCUGUAGGCAACGUGUUUCUGCUAACUUAGUUAUAAAUGGCUGAAAUUAGUUGGAAACGAGAGCAACCAAAAGUAGUGGAUGAGGAGAUGUUACAACAGGCAAUUGAGAAACAGAGACCACAAGGGCAAGCUGGCGAGAUAGCCCAGAAAGAGGGCAUCCGAUAUGAGGAGGUUCUCCAUCUGCAACUAGAAUACAAGAACAUCCUAAAGAUUUACCACAUGUGGCACUUCACCUCUCUAACAAAACUUCAAUUGAAUAAUAAUGUUAUAGAGAAGAUCGAAAGGUUGGAACACCUGACUAAUCUGCUCUGGCUGGAUCUCUCAUUCAAUAGUAUCAAGGUGAUCGAAGGUCUGGACACUCUUGUGAAACUUCAGGAUUUAAGUUUGUUCAACAACCGCAUUUCCGUCAUCGAAAACCUGAAUUCUCUUCAAAACCUGAACAUCCUCUCCAUUGGAAACAAUGCAAUUGCUCAGCUUGAUAAUGUGAUAUACCUCAGAAAGUUUAAGAACCUGCGCACUCUCAACCUCGCUGGAAAUCCCAUUUAUGAUGAAGAAUGCUACAAGACAUUCGUGACAGCCAAUCUUCCACAUUUGGUCUACCUUGACUACAGGCUGCUGGAUGAACUGACUCGAGAGAUGGCCAUCACAAAGUAUCAGUAUGCUAUUGAAGAAAUACAACAAAAUGAGCGGCAGGAGCAGCAGGCCAUGGAGGCUCAAAUAAUCAACAACCAGGAGCUUCAACUUCACAAGGAUGCCUUUGUGGAGUUCUUGAAUGGACCACAGCUGUUUAACAGCAUGUUUACUGAUGAUCCGGAUGCAGAUAUACUGGCUCUCCUUCCUGGAAUGACAGCACUGCUGGAGUCAUAUAAGAAAAAAAUGGAAGGCUUCUGUACGCAGAUAUUUGAUGCAGGCUUGAGUCAGCACACGCAAAGAACGGCUGAGGUCGAAUGCUUUUUUGCAUGCUACCAAAAAGCCGUGGCAGACAAUCAGCAGAGAGCAGCGCAGAUAGUAGCUGACUUUGAAAGUUCCAGGAGGCAGAAGAUUGUGGAAAUAAAGAACAUCACAGAUGAUGGGCUGCUCGAAGAUCACAUCAAUACCUGCAGGGAAGGUCUGAACCAGCUCUCUGAAACACUCAUGAUCCUGGAAUUGGAGUUAGUUGAACAACUGGAGGACAUCAUCAAAGACUUUGGUAGGAAUUUAUCGGAGAUGGUUGUAGGCUUCAUUGAAUACGUGCAAGGCAUAUUUGCACAAUGCCGAGACCUGGAGAACGAACACCAUGAAAAACAACUGGAGAGCUUGGCAACACUGGAGAAGGUGGCCAAAAAUGAGCUAGAAGAAGAAAUGCCUGAUGAUGUGCUCAUGCUUUUUGUAGAUAAGGACACAGUGACCAAUGCGGUUAGUGCUUCCCACGACACCCACCUACUGAAGAUUGACAACAGAGAAGAUGAGCUUCUGACACGGAUCAAGAGCUGGAGCAGUGGCCUGCUAAAAACGAUAAAUAACGAGGAGCUGAUACGGAGUCGCAAACGCAUCUCAGAGAUCCGUUCAUAUCUUAGUUAUGGGAAGAACCAGCUGGAGGACAUGCAGUUUUCUGAAAACCAAUUAGAUUGUUUAUAAAGUAAAUGUGUGGAGAAGCAGGGUCAAUUAUAUUUUUCUUUUUACAAGAAAUGUAUGAAAUGUAUCCUACUGUAGUUACAAAUGUAUCCUUGUGUUUAUUCUCCUGUACAAUGCUGCCACCUACAGAGCAGUGGCGAUGUUACAGCAAUACGAUUUGGGGGCGUCUAGAGCCAGCUGUACAUACAAGGGCAUUUUAAAUGGAGUGUGUUGGCAUCUAUAAAUAUGUUUUUUCUUCUUCUUUUUAUUCGAUGACAGUUUUGUAAACAUUAUAUGAAAUAUAUAGUUUAGCAGUAAUUACUGAUAAUAUCCAAGUGAACACAUAACAACCCCUGUUCUCUGAUUAUUUUGUGACCUGCGUGCUACGUACAAAUGUAAUAAAAAGAAAGAAAAGAA